GUCCACUACUCCCCCAAAUCAAAAUCAGUACACACCAGCCGGUGAGUAGCCGAAAUAGAUAAUUCCCUCCUCCCACUGGUGAAGAAGGGGAAGAAGACAGCAGCAAAAAAGUAGAGAAGAUGAAGCAAGGGCUUCUCUCGUGGAGUCCUUGCCGCCCGCUUCUCUCUCUACCCACCUCUCUCUCUCCCCGCUCCAGAACAACCCACUUCCCCAAAACCUCCAAUUCCGUCUCUGCAACUCUGAAUUCCACCGAAGAAAGCCCCCUCACGGCCAGGGAGAGGAGGCAGCUGAGGAACGAGAGGAGAGAGACGAAGCCCGCCUACAACUGGAAAGAAGAGGUCGAGGAAAGGCUCAUCAAGAAGCCCAAGAAGAGGUACGCUUCUUGGACCGAAGAGCUCAACCUCGAUAACCUCGCUCUACUCGGCCCUCAAUGGUGGGUCGUUAGGGUUUCCAGAGUUUCCGGCCAGACCACCGCCGAACUGCUCGCACGAUCGCUUGCCAGGAACUUUCCCGAUAUGGAUUUCAAGGUAUAUGUUCCAGCUGUCCAGGUGAAAAGGAAAUUGAAAAAUGGAUCCCUCUCAGUUAAACCAAAAUCUCUGUUUCCUGGGUGUGUGUUUUUGAGAUGUAUACUGAACAAGGAAAUACAUGACUUUAUACGUGAAUAUGAUGGGGUUGGAGGCUUUGUUGGUUCCAAGGUUGGGAAUAAGAAAAGACAAAUUAACAAACCCAGGCCAGUCUCCACGGAUGAUAUGGAAGCAAUCUUCCAACAAGCAAAGGAAGAACAAGCCAAAACUGACCAAGCUUUCAAAGAAGAGCAGCAAGCUGAAGGAGCCGUCAACAUUGAGGACCUGAAUGUAGUAUACACAGACUCUCAAUUAUCCUCCAAAUAUUCUACAGAAUCAGUCGUAGUUUCCAAGCCAAGAAGGCAAUCCAGAAAAACUUCAUCGUCACCUACUGGUGAUAAGCUCCUCAGACAGGGUUCCAGUGUUCGCAUUCUGUCUGGUACAUUUGCAGAGUUCACAGGUGUUCUCAAGAAACUGGAAAGAAAAACCGGAAGGGCAACUGUUGGAUUUACUCUCUUCGGAAAAGAGACCUUAGUAGACCUAGAUGUCAAUGAAAUUGUUGUGGAGACAAAAUAAGGCGGGGCUUCAUCCGGCGGACCACCAGAGCAACCCAUGCUUGAGACUUCCAAUUCUGAAUCCUAGUUAAGUUGCAAUCAGAACAAUGUGAAGUGCAUCUUCUCAUACUGCAUGCUUCUGCCACUACUAAUCUGUUAUUAGUUAGAACAUUGAACUCACCAAAGGUGAAAAUUCGGGUUGCUAUAUGUGUGUGGGGUUCACCUGUGAGAUGAGGAUGGGACUGCCAGUUGUCUGUUUGGUUGAAAGCCUCUGAAUAAAUCUGUGAUUCACAAUGUCAUCAAAUGGCCAUUAAGAUAGGCUUUUGGUUUUGUUUCAAAUUUCAGACAAGCGGGGCUGUGCAACUUUGAAUGCUGCAAGUCAUGUGGUUUGCUCUUGUGAUUUCUCUGGACUGUUUUCCCUGAAAGGGACUUGACUACUUGAGUACUAUUAAGUCCUUUUCUAUAUUAUAUAAAAACAUAAUGACGGUAGUAGCAAAAAUAA